AGGCCAGUUCAGCGAAAGUCUGUUUUCCGUCAAGGGUCGACGGCCCGGCUUGAUGGGAACUUCUCGAAAGACCAAUCUUGGAUGAGCAGCCAGCCAAGGAAAUGGAAGCUGUUCUCCGGAGACUCUUCACUCCCACAGUCCAUGGAUGUGGUUCAGAGCCAAUCACCAUACCAGGAGUCAACAGUGCAAUGCGACACACCAACAUCCGGCGAAACAGAUGAUCAUGUCUUGACUCGGGAUAAUUGCAGUCAUCGUGGCACUCACUUUGAGAUUCAAAGCCCACCACCUUAUGAUCCGUCCCGGAAUGGCUUUCACCCCGUCAUAUCUGGUGAUACGGCCAACGUCAACGGACGGUCUUAUAUUGCACACGAGUGGGAUACUUUGAACAACCCUAGUAGGAAAUCCUCGAUCAAUGGGAUGCAACCAUCAUCAACAGCAAUUGAAACACAGAGCCCUUUCCCCACUCCCAAGCCCGCGCAGACCACCGUACAAGAGGCCUGCCUCCUACGCCAUUUCAUCGAGGAAAUAUCACCCUGGUUCGACCACUGCGACGACCGUCGACACUUCCAACUCGUCGUACCGCGGCGAGCCCAACACUGCUCCAUCAUCCGCAACGCUCUCUUCGCAGUUUCAGCACGCCACCUAUCUCGCCUCCCACAGUAUGCAACACCCAAUGGGAUUUGCUAUCGCGGACAGCUUCUCCUCAAUCUACAGAAAUGUACAGCCGUGGAAUACACCCUCAAAUGCAUCCCCGAACUCCUCAAGUUCCCCGAAAUAACCGAUCCCACGGAACAAGAAAACAUAAUGGUCGCCACGGUUAUUCUCCGCCAAUACGAAGAAAUGGAAGAGGAUUUCGAGGACCACGACAUGUCCACGCAAGACAGAGUGAACUUCUUAGCCAUCACGCAGAGAAUCAUCGACGCUAUGAUAUCCCACCGGUUGGAACAGUCUCUCGCUACGGCGGCGUAUUGGAUCGUUAUCCGACAGGAGGUAUACUACGCGUUGACAAGGCAGCGUGCACCCAAGAUGCGAUUCAGUCCGGAAGACUGGCGAAAGGCUUCUGUUGCAAACACGUUAGUAAUGCUCGCUAGUGAAGUGACAAAGUGGCGCUGGGGUGACGGUACGCGUGAGGAAUGGAAUCGCCUCAUGCUCCGCCACCGCAAACUCCAACACGACUACCGUCACGACCUCGCACCCCUCUUCGAAAAGAAAGCAGACCGAUCCCGCGGCGAACUCUUCCCGACAAUCUGGUACAGCUCCGACGAGCAAGUGACUGCAGUGCAGCACCUCGAGAUAGCUAAUAUGAUCCUGACGGCCCAGAAUCCAUACCUAUCAAACUCCACCCGUGCCGCGCAUCGCAAAGCAGAAGCAGAAGUCCGAUCCAUCGUGCUCAGAAUAUGCGGCAUUGCGGUGCACCACGCGCACUGUCAUCCGGCGUUAGUCACUGCCGUGAUAGCCAUUACUCUCUAUGGGGAGUAUUUUACUGAGUGGGAGGAGCGUGAAGCGCUGGUUGGGAUUAUUGAUCGGACGCGUGAUUUGCAUUCGUGGCCGAUGCAGAAGUGCUAUGCGCGGUUGAGGCAGGGGUGGGAGGAGAUGGAUCAUUGUGGUUCUUGAGUGGUGAUCAUUAGCAAUGUGUGUCACUUUUCUAAGAUACUAUA